AUGAUAAACUUGCAGGAACGGAUAUACUGCUCAUCGUCGUCUGUUGAAGAAGUUUUCUGCCCAUGUUCUCAUGAAGAAUUGAAAGCUUUUCUCAUGGCUGUACAUCCGCCACAGCUUCGACUCAAUGAGCAAAAUAUCGGGCCAGUGUUAAUGUCUGCAUGUAAGAUGGAAUCACCUGCUUUGUUGAAGAAAUGCGCAUUAAUGCUGCUCGCCCAACAAACUCAGCUUUCUGUUUUUGUCCGUCUGUCUUUGUUGGAUCGAUGUUUCCUACACGAGAUGGUACCACAAUGUUUGCUUAUGGUCCAUCGACCAGAGCAACUUAUUCAGAUGACACAGCAAAGCACCUAUGACUGCCUCUCAACAAGAGCUCGUGCCGCAAUGCUCGACCGAUUAGCCGUGCUUCUUGAAAAUCCUGGCCUGCAACCGCAUCACUGCGCAAGGUGUAAAGUGCACUCUACCUGUGCAUCAGUCACGUGGAUGUGUCCGCAGUGCAAGACGUAUUCAACAGAUCCGAACUUACUGAGGCACCCAACUCAACCUCCUAACCUUUAUCAUACAAAUUUGUUUUCAAGGUGUAAAGUGCACUCUACCUGUGCAUCAGUCACGUGGAUGUGUCCGCAGUGCAAGACGUACUCAACAGAUCCGAACUUACUGAGGCACCCAACUCAACCUCCUAACCGUUGA